CAGGUGCUUAUGCCUGAUCCUUGUUUCCUGAGCUGGCAGUUCGGCAAAGGCAGCAUAUUUGUACUCAAAGAGAAGGAGCAUCUUGUAUUGCUUUCAACUGAUCCUUCUGGCUUUACGAGGCAAUGGUGGAUUCUAAGAGUCAUUUCUGGUCCAUGUAGCUAGAGGGAAGACUGCUCCAAGAUGCAGCUUUCAGGAUAAUAAGGAGCUACAUUGUCUGGAGUCUGACUCCUCAACACUGAACCAAAUACUUCAGAAUUGUUGAUUCCUCACAAUGAAUGUAGUGGAAAAUAUCUCCUACUUUAUUCAUGGGUAUGGAUAACAUUUCCCUUGAUAAAGGCAAAAGAUGUUAUUGUAUCGUUUGUGACUUUUUUUAUCAGCCUGUGGAACUGACAAUCUAUUUUGUAAGCACUAAGUGAAUUUUAAACUAAACGUUUUAAGAAUUGAUACCUCUGAAACAACUCUAAGAGGCAAGCUGCAAAGGAAAAUAGUUUGUCUCGAAAUAAAAACAAAUUCAAAAAUUAAUUUCAUGGCAGCCUCCUCUUGGAUGAUAAUGAAUGAAUUUAACAAGGUGUCCCACACAAAAUUCUGUGAUGGUAUAUUACUUUACAUUGUUUGUAGCUGUGUUGUUCUAAAUUUUUUCUGUGUUUUUUUUUAAUAUUUUUAGCACUUUUUUAUGAGAGAAGUUAAACAGUAAUUAAGAGGUGCAGGAUGAAAAGAUGGCACAAUCAGUGCUGGUACCACCAGGACCCGACAGCUUCCGCUAUUUCACAAGAGAGUCACUUGCAGCUAUUGAACAGCGUAUCAACGAAGAGAAAGCUCAAAAAUCCAAACAAGAACGCAAAGAUGAUGAUGAUGAAGAUGGCCCGAAGCCAAACAGUGACUUGGAGGCAGGAAAGACACUGCCAUUUAUUUACGGCGACAUACCUCCAGGAAUGGUGUCCGAGCCCUUGGAAGACCUGGACCCAUAUUAUAUCAAUAAAAAAACCUUUAUAGUAUUGAAUAAAGGGAAGGCAAUAUUCCGAUUCAGUGCCACCUCUGCCCUGUACAUGUUAACUCCUUUCAAUCCUCUUAGAAAAAUAGCUAUUAAGAUUUUGGUACAUUCAUAUCCUUUUCAACCUACAUUAUUCAGCAUGCUUAUCAUGUGCACUAUUUUGACCAACUGCGUAUUUAUGACCAUGAGUAACCCUCCAGACUGGACAAAGAAUGUAGAAUACACAUUCACUGGAAUUUAUACCUUUGAAUCACUUAUUAAAAUUCUUGCAAGGGGCUUCUGUUUAGAAGAUUUUACGUUUCUCCGAGACCCAUGGAAUUGGCUAGAUUUCACUGUCAUUACAUUUGCAUAUGUGACAGAGUUUGUGGACCUGGGCAAUGUCUCAGCGUUGAGAACAUUCAGAGUUCUCCGAGCUUUGAAAACAAUAUCAGUCAUUCCAGGCCUGAAGACUAUAGUGGGAGCCCUGAUUCAGUCUGUGAAGAAGCUCUCAGAUGUGAUGAUCCUGACUGUGUUUUGUCUGAGUGUGUUUGCACUGAUAGGGCUGCAGCUGUUCAUGGGCAACCUGAGGAAUAAAUGCCUGCAGUGGCCUCCAGACAAUUCUACUUUUGAAACAACUGUUAUUUCCAUCUUUAAUAGCUCUAUAGGUGAAAAUGGUACAUUUAUUAAUGCAACAAUGACAAUAUUUAACUGGGAUGAAUACAUCGAAGACAAAAGUCACUUCUACUUCUUGGAAGGACAAAAUGAUGCACUGCUGUGUGGCAAUAGCUCAGAUGCAGGUCAAUGCCCAGAAGGAUAUAUAUGUGUGAAAGCUGGUAGAAACCCCAACUAUGGCUACACAAGUUUUGAUACAUUCAGUUGGGCAUUCUUGUCACUGUUUCGAUUGAUGACUCAGGACUUUUGGGAGAAUCUUUACCAGCUGACUCUGCGUGCUGCUGGGAAGACAUACAUGAUAUUUUUUGUUUUGGUCAUUUUCCUGGGUUCUUUUUACCUGAUCAACUUGAUCCUGGCUGUGGUCGCCAUGGCCUAUGAAGAACAGAAUCAAGCAACAAUGGAAGAAGCAGAACAGAAAGAGGCAGAAUUUCAGCAAAUGCUGGAACAACUGAAGAAGCAACAGGAAGAAGCUCAGGCGGCGGCAGCAGCUGCAGCAGCUGACUCAAGAGAUUAUAGUGGAGUAGGUGGAAUAGGUGGAUUCUCCGAAAGCUCUUCCGAGGCAUCAAAACUGAGCUCAAAGAGUGCUAAAGAGAGAAGGAACAGAAGAAAGAAAAAAAAGCAAAAAGAACAGUCUGAAGGCGAGGAGAAGGAUGGGGAAGAAUUUCACAAAUCUGAAUCGGAGGACAGCAUCAAAAAGAAAGGUUUCCGAUUUUCCAUUGAGGGGAAUAGAUUGACGUACGAAAAGAGAUUCUCUUCCCCACACCAGUCUUUGCUGAGCAUUCGUGGCUCCCUGUUUUCCCCAAGGCGCAACAGCAGAACAAGCCUUUUCAGCUUCAGAGGUCGAGCAAAGGAUGUAGGAUCAGAAAAUGACUUUGCUGAUGAUGAGCACAGCACUUUUGAAGACAAUGAGAGCAGAAGAGAUUCUCUCUUUGUCCCUCAUAGACACGGUGAACGGCGCAACAGCAACAUCAGCCAGGCCAGCAGGUCAUCCAGAACAGUACCUGCACUUCCAGCAAAUGGGAAGAUGCACAGCACUGUGGAUUGCAAUGGAGUGGUUUCUUUAGUUGGUGGGCCGCCCGCUUUGACAUCGCCUACGGGACAGCUUCUGCCAGAGGUGAUGAUUGAUAAAGCAGCCACUGCUAGCAAUGGCACUACUACAGAAACUGACUUAAGAAAGAGACAUUCCAGUUCUUACCAUGUUCCUAUGGACUACCUAACAGACCCUAGUGCAAGGCAAAGAGCAAUGAGCAUAGCCAGCAUGCUUACCAACACAAUGGAAGAAUUGGAAGAAUCCAGACAGAAAUGUCCACCAUGCUGGUAUAAAUUUGCUAACACUUGCUUGAUUUGGGACUGCUGUACUCCCUGGCUGAAAGUCAAACAUAUUGUAAAUUUGAUUGUGAUGGACCCAUUUGUUGAUCUCGCCAUUACCAUCUGCAUCGUCCUGAACACCCUGUUCAUGGCCAUGGAGCACUACCCAAUGACAGAACAGUUCAGUGGUGUGCUUUCAGUGGGAAACCUUGUGUUUACUGGAAUUUUCACAGCAGAAAUGUUUCUCAAGAUAAUUGCCAUGGAUCCUUAUUAUUAUUUCCAAGAGGGCUGGAAUAUUUUUGAUGGUUUUAUUGUGAGUCUUAGUUUGAUGGAACUUGGCCUUGCAAAUGUAGAAGGAUUAUCUGUCCUUCGAUCAUUCCGAUUGCUUCGAGUUUUCAAAUUGGCAAAAUCUUGGCCAACCCUAAAUAUGCUGAUCAAGAUUAUUGGCAACUCCGUGGGGGCUCUGGGGAACCUGACCCUGGUGCUGGCCAUCAUUGUGUUCAUUUUUGCUGUGGUUGGGAUGCAGCUGUUUGGGAAAAGCUACAAGGAAUGCGUCUGCAAGAUCUCCAGUGACUGUGAACUCCCUCGCUGGCACAUGCAUGACUUCUUCCACUCUUUCCUGAUUGUAUUCCGAGUGCUGUGUGGAGAAUGGAUAGAAACCAUGUGGGACUGCAUGGAGGUUGCUGGCCAAACCAUGUGCCUUACAGUCUUCAUGAUGGUCAUGGUGAUUGGAAACCUAGUGGUACUCAACCUAUUUCUGGCCUUGCUGCUGAGCUCAUUUAGCUCAGACAACCUUGCUGCUACAGACGAUGAUAAUGAAAUGAACAAUCUCCAGAUUGCUGUGGCAAGGAUUCAGAAAGGCAUCGAUUAUGUGAAGAGAAAAGUGCGUGAAUUCAUCCAAAAAGCCUUUGUUAGAAAACAGAAAGUUUUAGAUGAAAUCAAACCUCUUGAAGACCUAAACAACAAAAAGGACAGCUGUAUUUCCAACCACACAAUAGUAGACAUAGGUAAAAACCUUGCCUAUCUCAAAGAUGGGAAUGGAACUACCAGUGGCAUAGGCAGCAGUGUGGAAAAAUAUGUUGUGGAUGAAAGUGAUUACAUGUCAUUCAUAAACAACCCAAGUCUCACUGUGACAGUGCCCAUUGCAGUUGGAGAAUCAGAUUUUGAAAAUUUAAACACAGAGGAGUUCAGCAGUGAAUCAGACCUGGAAGAAAGCAAAGAGAAAUUGAAUGCCUCCAGUUCAUCAGAAGGCAGCACAGUUGAUAUUGGACUACCUCCAGAAGGUGAACAGCCAGAAGCAGAACCUGAAGAAGUUCUAGAGCCAGAAGCUUGUUUUACAGAAGGGUGUGUACGGAGAUUCAAAUGCUGUCAAGUCAGUGUAGAAGAAGGAAAGGGGAAAAUCUGGUGGAAUCUUAGGAAAACCUGCUAUAAGAUUGUUGAACACAACUGGUUUGAGACCUUCAUAGUCUUCAUGAUUCUUCUCAGCAGCGGUGCUCUGGCAUUUGAAGAUAUCUACAUAGAGCAACGUAAAACUAUCAAGACCAUGCUGGAAUAUGCUGACAAAGUUUUCACCUAUAUCUUCAUUCUGGAAAUGCUUUUGAAAUGGGUUGCUUAUGGCUUUCAGACCUAUUUCACUAAUGCAUGGUGCUGGCUGGACUUCCUGAUUGUUGAUGUCUCUUUGGUUAGCUUAACAGCUAAUGCCUUGGGCUACUCAGAACUUGGUGCGAUUAAAUCCCUUAGGACACUAAGAGCUUUGAGACCUCUAAGAGCCUUGUCGCGAUUUGAAGGGAUGAGGGUUGUGGUGAAUGCCCUGUUAGGAGCAAUUCCAUCUAUUAUGAAUGUGCUUCUUGUUUGCCUUAUAUUCUGGCUGAUAUUUAGUAUAAUGGGAGUAAAUCUAUUUGCUGGAAAGUUUUACUACUGUGUUAACACCACAACCGAUGAGAGAUUUGAGAUCAGCCAAAUUAACAACUUCAGUCAAUGUGAGGAGCUCAUACAGAACAAUGAAACUGCCCGGUGGAAGAAUGUGAAGGUUAACUUUGACAACGUAGGCCUUGGCUACCUUUCUCUGCUCCAAGUGGCUACAUUUAAAGGAUGGAUGGAUAUCAUGUAUGCAGCUGUGGAUUCUCGUAAUGUUUUGGAUCAGCCAAAGUAUGAAGAUAACCUGUACAUGUAUCUUUACUUUGUCAUCUUUAUCAUCUUUGGAUCAUUUUUUACCUUGAAUCUUUUUAUUGGUGUCAUCAUAGACAAUUUCAACCAGCAGAAAAAGAAGUUUGGAGGUCAAGAUAUUUUUAUGACAGAGGAACAGAAGAAAUACUACAAUGCAAUGAAAAAAUUGGGUUCAAAGAAACCACAAAAGCCUAUACCUCGACCAGCAAACAAAUUCCAAGGCAUGGUCUUUGAUUUUGUAACAAAACAAGCAUUUGAUAUCAGCAUCAUGAUACUCAUCUGCCUUAACAUGGUCACAAUGAUGGUAGAAACAGAUGAUCAGAGUGAAGAGAUGGAAAACAUUUUAUAUUGGAUUAACCUGGUGUUUAUCGUGCUUUUCACUGGAGAAUUUGUCCUGAAAUUGGUUUCACUUCGUCAUUACUACUUUACUAUAGGUUGGAAUAUUUUUGAUUUUGUGGUUGUCAUUCUCUCCAUAGUAGGUAUGUUCUUAGCUGAGAUGAUUGAGAAGUACUUUGUAUCUCCCACACUAUUCAGAGUCAUCCGUCUUGCCCGAAUCGGUCGAAUCCUGCGCCUCAUCAAAGGCGCCAAGGGGAUCCGCACGCUGCUUUUUGCUUUGAUGAUGUCUCUUCCUGCUUUGUUCAACAUUGGGCUGCUGCUCUUCCUGGUCAUGUUCAUCUACGCCAUAUUUGGCAUGUCCAACUUUGCCUAUGUCAAGAGGGAAGUUGGGAUUGACGACAUGUUCAACUUUGAAACGUUUGGCAACAGCAUGAUCUGCCUGUUUCAGAUCACCACGUCCGCUGGCUGGGACGGUUUGCUCGCCCCAAUCCUCAACAGUGGGGAGCCAGACUGUGACCCUCAUAAAGAUCAUCCGGGGAGCUCUGUGAAAGGUGACUGUGGCAACCCUUCUGUUGGGAUUUUCUUCUUUGUCAGCUACAUUAUCAUAUCCUUUCUGGUGGUGGUGAACAUGUACAUCGCUGUGAUUUUGGAGAACUUCAGUGUUGCUACUGAAGAAAGCGCUGAACCCUUGAGUGAGGAUGACUUUGAGAUGUUCUAUGAAGUCUGGGAGAAGUUUGAUCCCGAUGCAACACAAUUCAUAGAGUUCAGUAAAUUAUCAGAUUUUGCAGCUUCCUUAGAUCCACCUCUUCUCAUAGCAAAACCAAACAAAGUCCAGCUUAUUGCAAUGGAUCUGCCCAUGGUGAGCGGUGACAGAAUUCACUGCCUUGACAUCUUGUUUGCUUUCACAAAGCGUGUCUUGGGGGAAAGUGGGGAGAUGGACGCCCUCAGAAUACAGAUGGAAGAUCGGUUCAUGGCAGCCAAUCCUUCUAAAGUCUCCUAUGAACCAAUUACAACCACACUGAAACGAAAGCAGGAGGAGGUGUCUGCUGUCAUCAUUCAGCGUGCUUACAGACGCCACCUUUUAAGGCAAAAAGUCAAAAAAGUAUCAUGUAUAUUUAGUCAAGAUAAAGGUAAAGAGGAAGAUGAUCUGCCCAUGAAAGAAGAUAUGAUUAUGGAUAAACUAAAUGAGAACUCCACUCCAGAAAAAACAGAUAUGACCCCAUCCACAACCUCCCCACCCUCUUAUGACAGUGUAACAAAGCCAGACAAGGAUAAGUAUGAAAAAGACAAAUCAGAAAAAGAAGAUAAAGGUAAAGACAGCAGGGAAAGUAAAAAGUAACAUAGAACACUGUUUGUAAUAAACUGUUUACAGCCUGAAAAAGUAUGUAUUUGUGUCAACAGGACUCCUGUAGGAGGUACAUGCCAAACUGUCAGUUUUUACGUAUAUAGAUAUAUAUAUAUAAUUAUAUAUAUAUAAGGUCAGUGCCUAUAGCAAGACAGUGACCUCUCGUCAUCAAACUGCAACUCUGUAAAACAGGGUAACAUCUUGACAGGAGGUUGUUGUUUUUAGUACCAGCUGACACUGCUGAAGAGAUGAUAAAAUGGCCAACCAGACUGUAGGGACCAGUUAAAAAAAAAAAAAAGGUGCAAACCUAUGAAUCUCUGUGUUUAACAUGAAACACACCGUACAAAAAUUGUAUCCACUGUUAGCAUUUCAACAGUCACAUUUGCCAUAUUUUUACAAAAAAAUCAGUGUUGGUGAACUUAUCAUUUUUUAAUUCACAGGUUGUUUACUAUUAUAUGUGACUAUUUUUGUAAAUGGGUUUUAUGUUGGGGAAGGGGGUAUGAGGACCAGGUGUUCUACUCUCGGAUUCUCUAUAAUGUACAGACAGAAGUGAUUUGCAUGAAGGCAUGCUGCACUUGUAGUUCAUGCAUGGGAAAACAUGACGUCGCACAAAGCAGCAGUCUGACUACUUCCAUGUUUCAGGGUGGCUCUGUAUGUUGAGGUGCUUAAUAACAGUAUCCAUCCAGUAUCUCAUCCAGACAACUCUCAAUGUGCCUGUAAAGUCCCAUAGAGUCUACAAUAAUAGAACAGAUGUUUUAUUUUUUCAUAAGUCAUUUAACAAUAGUUGAACAAUCUCUGCAUAACAAUUCUACCAACAGACAUGGAGUCCACUUCUAAGUAUUCUUCUGCAGAAAACAGUUUACCUGACCUUGGGAAAUUGAGUUUACCAAAAACUUAAGGAUUAUGAAGUUGUUCUGCUUCACCCUGCAGUA